CUCCACAAACAGAACCAGUAACUGCCACUGUAUGUCAUGCCCGUCAUGCCCCAAUCCUACCCCUUUUAACCCUUUUACCCACCCUUUCCGCCCUCCCCCCCAAGCCAGGCCCCCGCCUCCCCUCCCUCGACAACCAUUCAACCCGCGCUCCACCAGAAGUGCACGUGCAAAAUGGUUAGGCCUGUGGGAGGAGGGACACACCCAGCGCAGCAGGCGGUGUCAGAGGCCCGGCGAGGCACAGUGUCCAUGACGUGCCACAUGGGUCCUCUCGUCGCGGUGUGGCGUGUGGGUUUGACGGGGAAGUGUAGGCUACAGGACAGGGUCGCCACAGUGGACGAUCUGAUUUUUUUCCUUGCCCAACAUGCCAAGGCCGCAGCCACAGCAAAGCUGUUGGAGGGACACAAGAAAGCAUACGGGAUCAUAUUCGCGAGCCGUGUGCGAGAUGGACCCGCCUCUGCCGCACAACUCCUAGCGCGAACCACUGGGGCUCUCCGUGGGGUCAGAUUUGGGUUUCCGCUCUACAAGUGGACAGAGGCCGGAAAGUAUAGACUGGCUGAGGGCAAUGGAUGGGGUGGCGCACGCCAAGGGCAAGCCUACGAAGCACAAAAGGAUGCCACCCUCACCGCUGUGAGGGAUGGGCAGAGCAGGGGAGAGAGCGGGGAGCAUCGUGGGCUGCCCAGAGGAAGUCUCCGGGCACACCUCGCUGCCAUGCGUGGAGCCAAGCCCAAUACUUGGGCAUGAAGCAAAAGUGGAGGCUCCCAUAGUGGAAGACUGGGUGGGAUAGGUUUGGGGGCGAGGGUAACACGCGUUCCCACUGGCGGCAGCGUCGGUAAUCUGGGCGGCGAUUGUGGUGCACGCCCGUGGUGCCGUUGGGGUGUUGGCCGGGCGGGGUUGGUGUGGAUUAUUCUUGUGCAUCAUAAAUAUAACCGCACAUGUCCCACUAACACGGAUGCCUUGUGAUGGCCACAAUCGCUCACUGGCAAGGGGUACAAAACAUUUC